UCCUGUCUCGCGGCUUGGAAACCCUGAGUGAGUGUGGGAGCUUGAUUGUGAGAUCACAGAGAGAAAAAUGGAGGCGAAACCAACAGAGAUAAGCGGCUCUAAGAUGUUUGGAGGUUACAAUAAGAGAUUCAAGCAUUUCAGCCCAACCCUCGGCUGUUCCAUGACUUUUCACGUUUACUUUCCUCCUCUUCCUUCUCCUUCUCACAAAUUCCCUGUACUUUACUGGCUCUCUGGCCUUUCCUGUACAGAUGAAAAUUUUAUAAUCAAGUCUGGAGCUCAACGUGUUGCUUCAAGUGAAGGAAUUGCUCUAGUUGCCCCUGAUACAUCACCAAGGGGCCUGAAUGUGGAAGGAGAGGCUGACAGCUGGGAUUUUGGUGUAGGUGCUGGAUUUUAUCUUAAUGCCACACAAGAGAAGUGGAAGAAUUGGCAGAUGUAUGACUAUGUUGUCAAGGAAUUGCCCAAAGUUCUGAGUGAAAAUUUUGCUCAGCUUGAUACAUCAAGAGCAUCUAUAUCUGGUCAUUCUAUGGGCGGGCAUGGAGCUCUGACAAUCUACCUGAAAAAUCUGGACAAGUAUAAGUCAGUGUCAGCAUUUGCACCAAUUGUGAAUCCUAUGAACUGUCCGUGGGGCCAGAAAGCUUUCAUAAACUAUCUAGGAGGCAAUAAGGCAGAUUGGGAGGAAUAUGAUGCAACUUGCCUGAUUUCAAAGUUCAAUGAUGUAUCCGCCACCAUUCUAAUUGAUCAAGGGGAGGAUGAUAAAUUCUUGCACGAUCAACUGCUACCCCACAAGUUUGAGGAGGCAUGCAAGAAUGCUAAGGUUCCACUUCUCCUGAGGUUGCAGCCUGGUUAUGAUCAUUCCUACUAUUUCAUUGCCACCUUCAUUGACCAUCACAUUCGACACCAUGCUCAAGCUCUUAAUAUGUGCUUCAAGCCUCUUCAUCCCUAAUUCCCUUUGUCUAAUGUUUCUGUGGGAUUUGGCUUUUAUCCUUUAAGUUGCUUUUCAGCAUAUUAGGCUCAGUGCUACUUGAAACAUGAAUACAGUUUGCCAGCACGAGGAGGACUAAAUCCCUCGAAACUUUCAUCCAUCUUAACUUUAAAAUUGCUAUAUAAAUUAUAGUAAUGAAUAGCUUUUUUAAUGGUAAAAA